AUGGCCGACGUCAUGGCGAAGCUGCGCAACAUGGACAUGUACCCAAAGACGAAGGACGAGUUCCGCGUGCGCACGAUGCAGGGCGGCGUGAGCUCGCUCUUCGCCGUCGUCGUCGCCAUCAUCUUGGUGCGCAGCGAGCUGAAGCACUCGCUCGCCGUGUCGACGCACGACCGCUUAUUCGUGAACUCGAGCCACGGCGACGGCCUGAGCGUGCGCUUCGAGCUCGAGUUCCCCCGCGCGAACUGCGAGUUGUUGGCCAUCGACGCGAACGACGAGAGCGGCCAGCCGCUCGAGGGCGUGCAGCAGCACGUCAUCAAGACGCGGCUGGACACGAACGGCCGGCGCGUGCUCGUGAACCGGAAAGCCGCGAACAGCGUGCACAAGGUCGGCGACACGGCCACGUCCGAGGAGCACCUCGCGGCGCCCGACGAAGCGAAGCCCGAGGUUGCCUGCGGCGACUGCUACGGCGCGCAGGACGACGAGCGGCCCUGCUGCGCGACCUGCGACGACGUGCGCAGUGCGUACCGGAAGCGCGGCUGGACGUUCCACGAGCACACGGUCGCCCAGUGCGCGGGCGAGCUCGCGGAGGCGGCGCUCGACUUGGAUUCCGACGAGGGCUGCUCGAUCAAGGGCACGCUGGAGCUGCCGGCCGUCUCCGGCAACUUCCACGUCGCGCCGGGGCGCCACCUCCAGACGUCGGGCCUGUUCAAGGGCAUGGACCUCGUCCAGCUGACCUUCGACAAGUUCAACGUGUCGCACACGGUGAAGCAGCUGCGCUUCGGCCCCGACGAGCGGAGUCUGGAGCCCGCGCGCGCGUCCAGGAAGGUCGUCGGGCCCGACGUCGACCUGUCGUCGCAGCUCGACGGCGAGAGCCGGACGCUCGGCGACGGCUACGGCAUGCACCAGUACUACCUCAAGGUCGUGCCGACGGUCUACAAGAAUCUCGGGGGCAAGACGCGCGAGCUCUGGCAGUACAGCGUCACGGAGCACGUGCGCCACGUCGCGCCGGGCUCCGGCAAGGGCCUGCCGGGCGUCUUCUUCUUCUACGAGGUGUCGCCGCUCUGCGCCGAGUUCGUCGAGCGGCGCAACGGCUGGCUCGCGCUGCUCACUGGCCUCGCGGCCAUCGUCGGCGGCGUCGCC